GCGGGGUAGGUGGUGAGGGGCAGGAAUGGCGUCCAGCGCCAAGUCGUUCCUGGCGGACGCGGGCUAUGGCGAGCAGGAGCUGGACGCCAACUCCGCGCUCAUGGAGCUCGACAAAGGCCUCAGGUCUGGCAAACUGGGGGAGCAGUGCGAAGCCGUCGUUCGUUUUCCCAGGCUCUUCCAGAAGUAUCCGUUCCCCAUUCUCAUCAAUUCGGCGUUCUUAAAGCUGGCUGAUGUCUUCAGAGUGGGGAACAACUUCCUGAGGCUGUGUGUGCUGAAAGUUACUCAACAGAGUGAGAAGCACUUAGAGAAGAUCCUAAAUGUGGAUGAAUUUGUCAAAAGAGUUUUCUCAGUAAUUCAUAGCAAUGACCCAGUUGCUCGGGCUAUUACACUCCGGAUGUUGGGCAGCAUGGCAUCUAUUAUUCCAGAAAGGAAGAAUGCACAUCAUAGUAUUCGUCAGAGUUUGGAUUCCCAUGAUAAUGUGGAAGUGGAAGCUGCUAUAUUUGCUGCUGCCAACUUUUCUGCACAAUCUAAGGAUUUUGCUGUCGGAAUAUGUAAUAAAAUCAGUGAGAUGAUUCAAGGGUUGGCCACACCCGUGGAUUUGAAGUUGAAGUUGAUCCCUAUUCUGCAGCACAUGCAUCAUGAUGCCAGCUUGGCCUCCAGCUCCCGGCAGCUGCUCCAGCAGCUGGUGACAUCUUACCCCUCUACCAAGAUGGUCAUUGUUACUCUGCACACCUUUACUCUGCUUGCUGCUUCUUCUUUGGUUGACAUUCCUAAGCAGAUCCAGCUUUUGUUGCAAUACUUGAAAAAUGACCCCAGGAAGGCUGUGAAGAGGCUUGCAAUCCAGGAUUUGAAGUUGCUGGCCAACAAGACGCCACAUACAUGGAGCAGAGAAAAUAUUCAGGCACUCUGUGAAUCCGCUCUUCACACUCCUUAUGACAGCUUGAAAAUGGGCAUGUUAUCUGUUCUUUCCACAUUAUCAGGGACCAUUGCCAUUAAACAGUACUUCAGCAGUGCUCCAGGAACAGCAGCUACAACUACAUUUGAUUUAGUAAAGCUAGCACAGGAGUGCUGUUACCAUACUAACCGUGGCAUUGCAGCUCAUGGUGUUAGAAUUCUGACUAAUAUAUCAGCUUCUUGUCAGGAAAAAGAUCUUCUGCCUUUGGAGCAAGAUGCAGUUUUUGGCUUAGAAGCUCUUCUUGUUCUUUGUAGUCAAGAUGACAGUCCAGGAGCUCAAGCAACCUUAAAGAUCACGUUAACUUGUAUGGUGAAGCUGGUCAAGUGCCGUCCUCACCUGAGCCAGUCAGUGGUGGAGUCCCUGUUGACGCAGCUGCAGAGUGCCCAGGACAGUGCCAGGAUUCUCAUGUGCCACUGUUUAGCUGCUAUUGCCAUGCAGCUGCCUGUCCUAGCAGAUGGGAUCCUAGGAGACCUAAUGGACCUCUAUAAAUUAAUAGGACAAUCUGCCACAGAUAAGAAACAGGAACUUUUGGUUUCUCUUGCCACAGUGAUAUUUGUUUCCAGUCAGAAAGCUUUGUCCACAGAAAUCAAAACUGUUAUCAAACAGCAGCUUGAGAAUGCCUCCAAUGGAUGGACAGCCUACAGGAUAGCCAGGCAGGCUUCCAGAAUGGGCAACCAUGACAUGGCCAGAGAACUGUAUCAAAGCCUGCUGACUCAAGUAGCUUCAGAACACUUCUACUUCUGGCUGAACAGCUUGAAGGAGUUUUCCCAUGCAGAACAGUGUCUGACAGGUCUGCAGGAAGACAACUACAGCUCAGCACUUUCUUGCAUUGCUGAAGCUUUAAAAUCCUAUCACAAAGGAAUAGCAUCACUGACGGCUGCUAGUACGCCACUUAAUCCUCUGAGCUUUCAGUGUGGAUUUGUGAAACUCAGGAUUGACCUUCUGCAAGCUUUUUCCCAACUUAUUUGUACCUGCAACAGCCUAAAAACAAGUCCACCACCAGCUAUUGCCACAACGAUUGCUAUGACAUCAGGAAAUGAUCUCCAAAGGUGUGGACGCAUCUCUAACCAGAUGAAACACUCGAUGGAGGAAUUCAGAAACUUGGCUACACGGUAUGGAGAUCUGUAUCAGUCAUCUUUUGAUGCAGACUCUGCAACUCUAAGGAAUGUAGAACUACAACAGCAGAGCUGCCUUUUGAUUUCACAUGCAAUAGAAGCACUGAUUUUGGAUCCAGAAUCUACAAGUUUCCAGGAAUAUAGCUCGAAUGGAACAGCUCAUGUUGAAAGUGAAUAUGAAAGAAGAAUGAUGUCUGUAUUUAACCAUGUACUAGAGGAAGUAGAAUCCCUCAACAGGAAGUAUGCUCCUGUGUCUUACUUGCAUACAGCUUGUCUGUGCAAUGCUGUCAUUGCCUUGUUGAAGGUGCCCCUUUCAUUUCAAAGGUACUUUUUCCAAAAGCUGCAAUCUACAAGUAUCAAGCUUGCUCUAUCCCCAUCUCCAAGGAACCCAGCAGAACCUAUAGCAGUACAGAACAAUCAGCAGUUGGCCCUAAAGGUGGAAGGAGUGGUUCAGCACGGAUCUAAACCAGGCCUUUUCCGCAAAAUCCAGUCGGUCUGUCUAAAUGUUUCUUCAGUGCUGCAGAGCAAAUCUGGACAAGACUAUAAGAUUCCUAUUGACAACAUGACCAAUGAAAUGGAGCAGAGGGUGGAACCACACAAUGACUACUUCAGCACUCAGUUUCUGUUAAACUUUGUGAUACUUGGCACCCACAACAUCACAGUAGAGUCCUCUGUGAUAGAUUCAAAUGGUAUUGUCUGGAAAACUGGACCUAAAACAACUAUUUUUGUUAAAUCUCUUGAGGAUCCAUACUCGCAGCAGGUCCGUCUUCAGCAACAGCAAGGACAGCCGCCGUCCCAGCAGCAACAGCAAAGAACUGCAUACUCACGGUUUUAAUCCCCAGAAGUGACUGGUCAACUGGUAUUGCAAUUUUUCUUGGACUCUUUUUUUUUUUUUUUUUUUCUCCUUUGAAAGACCUUUGUAACCUUCUCCUAGAAGGCCCCAGGUGCCAAUUUGUUGCUUUUUAAAUUAUCUGGGGUAAAUUUGAACUCUAUUCAGCAGAGGCAGCUGUUCAAAUUUGGAGUUGUGCUCUUACUAUGAGAACUUCUACCUGAUCUCUUAACUUCUGUUUACAAGCCUGUUCCAGCAGGCUCCACAAACUAUGAUAGCAGGGGACACUUAAGAGCUCUUUGACUGAUACUUUCUGUGCUGUAAUUUUUUGAAGCACAUAGGUUCUAAUGUUAGGCUUACAAAACAUCAGUAAACAACUUGGCUGGUUAUACAGAACUGAGUGUAAUACCAAGUUUGUAUCUUUUAAUGUGAAGCAAUUGGCAGGAAUGUCCAGAGACUUUUAUUUCUGACAUUUUAAUAGCAGUUUCCAGUAUUUGGCUGGUGUAUGUGUGUUAUUACAAUUCAUCAGCACUACUUAACGCAUGCAUCCGGAAGAAAAAAAUUUGCAGCUCGCUUCUCAUACCCAGUCACUGAAGAGGGAGGAGACUGCUUGAGGGGUUGCUGUCUGGGGAGGUCUGCAAGAGGCAGAGUUUUACAGGUGGGAACAAUGACUGUUUCUCAGAUGAUAGAGAAAAUAUUACUACAUCGUUUUUAGAUUUUCAUGCAUCUGUAUUUCUGAAGCCUUUGUUUUUGUUGGCGGGGGGGAGUAUUCUUUUAUGAAGGAAGUUAACUGGCAAAUGGUCAUUCAUUUUUAACUGCUUUGUUUUUUAAAAGGAAUCUUCUGUACCAAAGCCUUGUCAUCUCGUGUACUCUUUGACCAAUUUGCUAAUCUUAAUUGUUACUUUUGCAAUAUAACUUGAAAGAGAUUCUUGCCAAUACUAGAAAUUGAUUCAGAAUAAUUUUGGAAAUACACUGCUUCAUACAUAGUUUUCAUGUUUCCUUUGUGACAUAAAAGGCUGAAACUGUCUGUGCUCAGACUCACAGGCAAUAGAUCACGUAGUGUGUCCUUCACCUGGUCCUCAUAAAUAAUCUCUGCUUUUCAGUCUGCAAGAAAAUAGAACCCACUUGACUGGAGAGGAGGAAGGAUGGCACUUCUUUAUAGACUUGACUUAGUAAAUGGUUUGAUCCCCCUCAUUGCAGCAGAAAUUUUCAUUGUUAUUUUCUUGGUAAAUUCCUAAGAUACUGUUGUUUGUUCAAGUUGAUUACACUGUAGAAGCUGGCUGGAGCUUGGAGAUUUUGCCCACUUUAUAUUCAGAGAAUAUAAUAAUGAAUUUUAUAUGCUAGGAUUUCCUUGGUAUAGCUGAAUGAAGAAUUUUUUGCUGUGUUUUCCUGUAGUAGUUACCUAAGAAAUCCAAAAAAAAGUGAAAGUGGACGGGAUCAUGCUAGAUGUCGUAAUAUCUUGGUCAGGGUGUAAUCAUAACUAGAAAAGAUAAUUGAGAUGCAAGGUUGAAAUAGAAGACCCAUAAAGGGUGUGUAAAAUUCACCAGCGUCCUUCUAAAAUCUGAUUUUUAUUUUGCGCAGGAGACAGAAACUGCCACUGCCUUUCAAGCUGACUGGGGGAAGUGAUGGUUUCUGUCCCCACUUUUGUGGUUCUGUGCCUAUAGUUUUGGGGGGGUGUGUGUGGGUAUGCAUACACCUGUGUAUGCACACAUACAUACUUGUAUCUAUACAUCUAACAUCUUCAUGAAUGACUUGGAUGCAGAACUGGAGGAAAUAUUAAACAAGUUUGCAGAUGACACAAAACUCGGAGGAGUUGACUCCCUCAAAGGCAGAGAGGCCCUGCAGAGAGCCCUCGACAAAUCAGAGAACUGGGCAAUCCCCAGCUGUAUGAAUUUCAACAAGGAAAAGUGCUGGAUUCUACACCUGGGAUGGGGCAACCCUGGAUGUUCGUACAGGUUAGGGAAUGAGAUGCUGGAAAGGGACCUGGGGAAUAUGAGUCAGCAGUGCCCUGGAAACCUGGAGGGCCAACCAUGUCCUGGGGGGCCAUCAGGGAAAGCAUCACCAGCCGGUUGAGGGACAGGUUUGUCCUGCUUUGCUCUGCUCUGCUCUGGUGUGGCCUCACCUUGAAUAUUGUGGCAGUUUUGGGCACCACAAUAUAAGAAAGAUAUUAAGCUGUUAGAGAGGGUCCAAAGGAGGGCAACAAAGAUAGUGAAGGGCCUUGAGGGGAAGGUGUAUGAGGAGCAGCUGAGGACACUUGGUCUGUUCAGCCUGAAGAAGAGGAGACUGAGGGGAGACCUCAUUGCAGUCACGACUUCCUGGUGGGGGGAAGAGGAGGGGCAGGCACUGAUCUCUUCUCUGUGGUGACCUGUGACAAGACCUGAGAAAAUGGCCUGAAGUUGUGUCAGGGGAUGUUUAGGUUGGAUAUUAGAAAGAGGUUCUUCCCCCAGAGGGUGGUUGGACACUGGAACAGACUCCCCAGGGAAGUGGUCACAGCACCAAGCCUGACAGUUCAAGAAGUGUUUGGAUGAUGCUCUCAGGCACAUGGUGUGGCUCUUGGGGAUGGUCCUGUGCAGGGCUAAGGGUUGGACUUGAUCCUUAUGGGUCCCUUCCAACUUGGCAUAUUCUGUGAUUGUAUAGCUGUGUCUAGUUAGAUGGUCCAGAAAGAGAUACUCACCUGGUGUUUGUGUAUGCAGUCUGUCAGAUUAAAGAUCUGAACUUUU